AUAUAUAAUACAUACCUCGGACGACGUUUCUUUGCGAGAAAUUCAUUGUCCGUGGAACGCGCGAUCGAGAUGUAACACGCGCGCGUGUGCUAUAGUGAUGAUCCGAUGAUGAUCCGGUGAUUAUCCGAUGAUGAUCCAACCGAAAUGAUCGGAGGCACGAUCUUUCGUAUAUAUCGACAGUGAUCGACGAAUCGGAUGAAACUUUUCUAUAAGAGACAUCAGUAUACAAAGAUAGUGAAAAUAAAAUAUCGAAAAACUGGAAAGCGAUGGAAUAUAAAUGUGUGUUUCGAUGAUGAGAAAUGCGCGUGUUGUACCAUCGCGAGUGAGAGUGCAGUACAUUGACGUAGCUUCCAUUCUCGAACGAUCGGCGUCGGUGUCGUUUGAAGAAACGCGCUAAGAAGCAUCAAGGACGAAUCUCAGCGGCGUGCGAAAGAUGCGAAACGGCGGGCAAACGGCGCAACAAACGGCGGUGAUGACGCCGCCGCAUCUGAACGGCUCGGCGCAGUUCAUCUCGGGCGGCUACAUGACGGCGAGAUACCUGCCACGUCAAUCCUGGACUCAAUUCCAGCCCGCGCCGCAGCAUCCGAGCAGGAGCGGCGGCAGACCUCUAUCACUACCGCCGCCUCCGCCGCCUUCCAGACGGGAUAACCAGAGGCUUAGCAACGGAGGUCCGGUUAAUGCUAAAAACACAUCUCUGCCGCAUCACAGAGUAGCGACCCACCGGAGUACCACUCCCUCGAAGGUGGAUCCCGAGCUGAUAUUUACGAAACAGGAGCGAAUCGGAAAGGGCAGCUUCGGCGAGGUUUUCAAAGGCAUCGAUAAUAGGACCCAGCAAGUCGUGGCCAUUAAAAUCAUCGAUCUCGAGGAAGCGGAAGAUGAGAUCGAGGACAUACAGCAGGAGAUUAUGGUGCUGUCGCAAUGCGACAGUCCAUACGUCACCAAGUAUUAUGGGUCUUACCUCAAAGGUACGAAGCUGUGGAUCAUCAUGGAAUACCUGGGUGGCGGCUCGGCCCUGGACUUGAUGAAGGCCGGUAGCUUUGAGGAGAUGCACAUUGCCGUGAUAUUACGCGAGGUGCUCAAAGGGCUGGAUUAUCUGCACAGCGAGCGUAAGCUCCAUCGCGACAUUAAAGCGGCAAAUGUGUUACUGAGCGAAAUGGGCGACGUCAAGCUGGCCGAUUUCGGUGUAGCUGGUCAACUGACGAACACCACCAGCAAACGAAACACUUUUGUCGGCACGCCAUUCUGGAUGGCACCCGAGGUUAUCAAACAGUCCGCUUACGAUUCCAAGGCUGAUAUUUGGUCUCUGGGCAUCACGGCGAUCGAGCUUGCGAAAGGGGAGCCUCCCAACAGCGAGCUGCAUCCCAUGAGGGUCCUCUUCCUAAUACCCAAGAACAAUCCACCGCAGCUGACCGGGAAUUACACGAAACAGUUCAAGGAGUUUGUCGAAGCCUGUCUCAAUAAGGACCCUGAAAACAGGCCGACAGCAAAGGAGCUGCUAAAGUUCCAGUUUAUCAGAAAGGCGAAGAAGAACUCGUACCUAAUCGACCUGAUCGAUAGGUACAAAAAGUGGAAGUCGCAGCGCAGCGAAGAGUCGGAGACCGAGAGUGAGAAUUCGGACUCGGAGGAAUCCAAGCAAGACAGCGACAUGGACGAGCCGUGGAUAAUGACGGUGAAAGGUCCGCAUGGGGUCAAAGGAUCCGUGAUGCCUAUGUUGCCACUGGACGAGCAGCCUGCAUCCUUGACCCUAACGCACACGAAUCACAGGUCCUCCAAUCACAGCCAACCAAGCAAACCGCAUGCAAACGGUGCUUCGCGAUCACCGCCGAAGGACACCACGCUUAAUCAUUACAGAAGCGAAUCAAGAGACUCGUUGCGCGAUGGUCAAGCGAAACAUACGCCGUCCCGACCACAUGAAGCCGCUCCUCCACCACCGGUGGACACGAGAGAGAAACGAGACGAGCGAGACUAUCGUGAUUCGAGCCGAGAAUCCACGCUCCGAGAACCGAAGGAGAUACGUGACGGUCGUGAGAGAGAUAGAGAAGGUGUCAGGGAGCGAGAACGAGACAGGGAAGCCAGAGAUCGGGACAGAGCCAGUAGGGACUUUAACUCGCGGGAAAAGAGGAGAAACAGCAAGCCGGAAGUGCCCAUCACUUCGAUGGCCGAUCACAGACCCGGCGAGGAUAAGCAGAGGCCUAGAAGUUCGCAGGAACUCAAGCAUCCGCGAAGCGUCGCUCUGUCCGGUGUCGUCAUGCCUCUGCUUUCCGAGCUUCAACGAAAGCACCAAUAUUCGGCGAGAGACAAUAAUGGCGAAGGUGGUAGCGGUAGCAAGAAUGGCGGUGCUAUAGAAGAAUUGCGAGGCGCUUUCGAAUCCGCGGAACGCACGUCGCCAGGCAUGACGGAGUCCCUUAUCCGCGAACUCAUUAAGUCCCUACUUCCGCCCAAUCAUUCGGAAGGACGCCUGUCCAUGCUUAUGGAAAAGGUUAUUCUGAGCGCGAAUAUGUGGCGAAUGCGACAACAAAAUAAAAUUAUUAUAUAUAUAUAUAUAUAUAUAUAUAUAUAUAUAUAUAUAUACAUAUACACCUCGACGGAGAAAGAGGACGCCGUCGUUCCCGGAAACGCUCGCGAUAUCCGGAGGUCCAUCCGCGGAGCGACAGUGUUUACGAGGCUCGACUCGCGGAAGGGUGACCACCGUCUGGAUGUCAAACUGCCGGUAGGAUCCAGCGAACAGCAUCAUUCCUCGAUGACGUCGCCGCAGGAUACCGCCAAGUGCGUCGUCGCGAUACUGAUAUCGAAACUUGUGUCGCUAUUGAGACGACUUUCUCCGCGCCUGUCCCGACCCGGAAGCAAGGGCUCGCUGCAAUCGUCGCCGACGAUUUGUCCCUGGAUCCAGGUCGAGUACUCGUCCGAAUCGAUCGAGGGCGGUAGGCGAGACGAGUCGCAGGAGAGCGAUGUCAGCUUUCAGCAGGAGCUGCAAUUGAACGAGCUACGGAAACGAAUGGCCGGGAUUGCCUCCACGUCCCAGGUUACGUCAAAGAUCGCAACCAAGGAUGGCGCAGCAGGACAACCGAACCUGCUACGACCCAGGAUUCAAGUGCAGGAACCUGAAACCACCGAGUGUAAUCACCGCAAAGCAUCAUCUUACGAUCGAUAUAUCGGCCCACGAUCGCACGCCGUCGAUGCGCAUCGAGCGCAAUCCGAAGUGACGCGUUCGCGGCUAAGGAUGCCUCUAAAAAUCGAGAGCGGUACCUAUACAGUGAAUCCGGUAACGAAAAAGAAUGUCUCCAAGUUCCUCCUCUGGAAACAUUGGCGGCGAAGUGUGCACGAGGAUCGCGUGGACGAGGAUCGGCGUGCGAGCGGGCAGCCGCGUGGAGGCGGCGAGGUGGCGGGUCUGGAGGACGUUGACGACGCGACGGUGACAACGUCUUCGGUACCCGGAGCCGGUGGCAUCCGCUCACAUCGACGCACCAGACCGCUCUCCCUGGCCGUGCAGCCUCUCAACUACCACCGCUUGGACCCGGACUCGAGACCGUCGGCGACGAUCGGCGCCCGGCAUCAUCAUCACGCCAACAUGACCAGCCAGGAGAGCAUCGGGAGUUGCAGCCUGGACGUCGACCGCUCCGCGUCCGACCGAUCAGAGAACACCGUAGACUCCGUGUCGGAGAAGACGCUGCACAGUCUGAAUCUGUCAGCGUGCAACGGCGAACCGGUGUCGUCACCCGAGAAUUUGGCGAACGGUAGCAGCGAGACGUUGCAGAAGUCGCACCUCAGCCCCGAUGAAAAGAAGCUGAACGUCAGCAAUGUGCAUCGCGACUGUCCGGAAUCGGAGCAGCUGACGGCAGCAAAGAAACCAAGCUAUUUGGGACUGGCGUGCAGCAUAAGCGGUUACUCCGGAAUCACCAGGUACGACAGCAAACUGAGGGAAGGAUUCCGCUCGAGAGACAGCAGUCCUGGCACGAGGCUGAUCACGAGGGACACGAGUCCUGCAGGUUUCAGAUCCAACGAGAAUCUCAGUGUUCCGACGCCCCAACAUCCGCCUAAGAGUCAAUCGAUAUCGCCGUUAGCGAUGGACAGGCAGAACGGAUUUACGAACGGUAUGAAGGAAGAGUGCAAGGUGGAAACGUACAUGGAAAGCAGAAGCACGAUCAGUAUGUGCCAGGGUUAUUCGGAAGUCGACAAAGCAGUGUCGUUACACACGACGUUUCCCGACCUCAGUCCCAUUAGGAUGAGCGCGUCUGCGACUAAACGGAGCCCCGGCUUGUCGCAGAUGAUGUCCUGUGGUCAACAGAACAAGUCCUAUGGUACGGGUUUUUCCUCUCCGAAGCAGGCCGUCACUGACCUUUCAGGUACAUCGUUUAAUGAUUCUAGCAUUUUGAACGGUUCGACGGGGGAAGUGGAAAGUCAAGUUCUAAACACUUCGUCGAGUAGCGAAAAAUCUUUUAUUCAGCAGCGAGUGGAGCGACUCUACGGCCCGGGUGCUCUGGCACAGGGUUUCUUCUACAAACGCAGCACCACCAAGAUGAACACCAGUGACAGUCAUUUCAAUAAAUCCAGUAAUAACAAUAACAUUUCGACAGACAACGUAAACAUGGAAGAAUCGUUGAAGAAUCUGCCUGUUUUGCGACACCUGCGGCCGGAAUUUCGGGCGCAGCUUCCCGUAGUCAGUAGUAGAAAACCCACGGACGGAACGGAACAAGUCAUAAAACCUCUGCAAAGGGUAACACCGACGAGAAAAACCGAGCAGAAGAUUCCUCCAAUCACGAAUUCACAGAAUAAAAUAACGAGAAUCCCGGUUAUCAUAGAAGGUGAGGCAUCGAAGCGCGAUAGUAGUAGUAGUAAAAGCAUACCCGAUCAACAACCAGCCGCGCCGAAAGUAGUGCUACCUGUGUUAGAACCUAGCACCAGUUCGGCGAACAUAGCGAAACAGACUCAAGAGGCGGAAAAAGUAAUCGAAGAGAAGGACGGUCAUUACUUUAUAAAGUUAUUGAAACAAGAGACAGAUAGGUUGCUCUCGUUGGCUGCAUCUGCGGAGGCCGAAUUAGACAGCGACACCGUUUCAUUACCAGAAGAGGCAGCUGGUAAACUACGAUCUGCUGCGGGAAAGGCCAGAUUGUUAGCUUCGCAGAAGAUGCAGCAAUUCGAAGGAUUAUGUCAAAAGAAUAUAAAUCAGGUACCGGGUGAAGAGUUUCCGACGACGAAUGAAGACUUAGCUGGCUUUUGGGACAUGGUGAUGUUACAGGUUGUUCAAGUCAACGAACUUUUUGAGCAGAUAGAAAAACUGAGGAAGUCGCAGUGGCAAGAGGUCACGCUGGACAAGAAAGCCGCGUCAGCCUCGCAACAGAACGGUAAACGACGGGUCAUAUCGGUCCACAAAGCGAAACCGACCGCGAAUAGCGAGGCGAAUAAAAAAGCGCGCGAGGCGAGAGAACAGGCGCGACGACAAAUGAUCGAGGAGCGAAGACGAGCAAUGCGCUCUAACGCUCAGAGCGCUGAUAAUUCAGUCGAGAUUUUCGCUCCUGAAACGUAACGAUGAACCGUUGCGCGUUGAGUCGGAGCUAGAACGAGCGAUACGAUCAUUUGGCAUUGCGCCUCCUAGGGAAUAUUAAUAUGUAUAGACUGUCGGCUCUCAUAUAGAAAACAGAGAGAUAGAGAAAGGAAAUGAGGGAGGGAGAGAAAAAGAAUGAAUUUGUAUAAAAAGAUGGCAACCUCAAUCAGCAAUCAGCUUCAGCAAAAAUCAAAUCCGCUUGUUAUAAAAUUAUUCAUAUCCAAGAUAUCAUCUUUCGCGUGUGCGCGAUUCGAAUGCGAAUUGUAUGCGCACGAGGAACGAGAAAGUAUUCAGCAGAUAGAUCGUGUAAUAUACGUUGAAAUUGCAGAAAUUUAAUAUUAUCUACGAUGAGAGAGAAAGGAUAUAUAAAUAUAUGCAAAUUAACGAAGAGCAGAAAUUUACGUUCCAUAAAGAUCUCUCAUUUUUCAUCGAGCUUUGACGUGGUCACGUAUUAUCCCGAGCAUUUUAACGCAAUAACGCGAUACGAUGACGACGCGUCGCCUCUUGUCCAUAAAGAUAUUUUGUAAACGCGAAACGUGAUUAACUAUAGCACUUUACUUGUAGAAUUGUUUUUCUACAUUACGUAUCGCAACAGAAGGGAGGGGGGUGAACAUUAUAAACUUAUAUUUAUAAAAAUGAUAGUAAAUUGUGUGGGCGUUUAAGAACUGGCGAUCAAAGAAGAAACAUACGCAGUUCUGCAAGCGUUCUCACCAAUGGGAGUCAGUUGCUUUUUAAAAAUCUAGAGACUGUCUGGGUUAAGGAUGGAAAAUAAGAGAAAUUAUAAGUAUUUAUAUAAUAUAUAUGAUAAUUCUGAUGCAAAUAAUGCAGCAGUUUUCUGGUUUUCUUGGCUAGACUUUUAAUUAUAAUAAUUUGCAAUUUUUCUUAAUCUAGACAGGCAGUUUAAUUCCGUAGCUUAUGUAUGUAAAUAGAAUAUUUACAUUUGCACACAAGGCCGACUCUAUGCCGAGUGUUCGCCUAAUUUUUUUCUAUCAAGUAUAUCGAUAAAUAUUGUUUUCUCGUUGAAUGAAAUGUCGUUCACGGCAGAUAAGAGUAAAAAAAGAUUCCUAUUA